AUGCUGGAAAUUGAUGUAGAUAUGUCACAAGUAACAGUCAUUUUGGCUAAUAUUGCUCAAUAUAGUGAUUAUCCAGAAGAACAGGAGAUUCUAUUCGAUUCAGGUGCAUCAUUUACUAUAAAUUCAGUACUUUAUGAUAAUAUAGAUAAGAUAUGGAUUUUUAAAUUGACAGCUAAAUCAGAAGAAUCAUGGAUUAGUAGUAUACAAACAUUACUGAACGAAUACAGUUCAGAAAGAGAUAUGAACAUAUUAUUGGGUAAAUUAUUGUUUAAAAUGGAAAAAUACAGCAUAUGUCGAAAAUAUUUCGAAAAUCUUAUCAAUAUCUAUGGAAAUGAAGAACACGAAAAUUUAGCUAAAAUUUAUAAUUUUAUUGGGAAAUCGUCUCAGAGGCUGGAUGAUCAUGACGAAGCUAUUGUUAAUUGUGAAAAAGCAUUUCAAUAUUAUAUUCUUAUGAAUCGUUUGGAAGAUGCUGCUAGGAUAACAAGUUUGAUUGCUACUCAAUAUAACAUGAAAGAUGACAAUGUGAAUGGACGAUUUUAUCUCAUGAAAUCAUACGAUAUGUGGAAGAAAACACCGACAUAUUAUUCAGAAAAUCCUCAUUGUGGCAUAGGUUGUAUAAUGAUAUUGUUUGGAUUAUUUGAAGAAGAUCAUCUAAUAAUACGUGAUUAUUUCUUACAAGCUUUGAAAAUAUAUGAAAAUCCAUCUAACACGUGUGAACAUAACAAUCACGAUGAAGAAAUUGCAACAGUCUGUCGACUUAUAGCAAAUGGAUAUCACGACGAUAACGACUAUGACAAAGCAUUCGAGUAUAUUAUGAAAAGUAUCAAUAUUCUAGGAAAAAAAAUGGCGUCAGCUCGAACUCGUCAAUAUUAUGUUAAAUGUCUCAGCCUAUUAUGGAGAAUUUGUGACAAAACCCAUAACGAUCUUUGGUCGACAUAUAAAAACCAAAUCGAUCUGUUAUUCGAUAUUGAACUUGUUCAAUUAGAUCCUGAUCUGAAAGAAUUGCUCGACUGUAUAAUUGAUCUACGAAGAAUACAUCUUGACACUAGAGAUGCUGAUAGUAGAGUAUCAGCUGAAUUUUUAGAACAUUCAUUAAAAUUUUUGAAAUUUAUUUUAAAAUCGGAUCCGAAGAAUUAUGAGAAAAUUAUUCAAGCACAUAUGGAUAUUGGCCUAGCUUAUGAGAAAACAAAAGAUUAUGAUUGGUCAUGUCAACACUAUGAAAAAGCUUUAGAAAUGUGUCAAACAUACACUCCAAAUAAUUUAAAACAGAUUUCAACAAUUUUUAGACAUUUAAGUGAUAUUAAUUUGGAUAGAAAUAAUUUUGAUCAUGCUAUUAGUCUUCGAAUUAAAUCACUUACGAUUAGUGUAAACGAAAAAACAUAUCAUUUAACAGAGGACGAUAACAAAGCACAAUGUUAUUACGAUAUUGGUCGGAAAUUCCUAUAUACUGAUCUUGAUAAAGCAUUUGAAUUUAUUCAAAAAUCAUUAGAAAUUCGACAACAAAUUUUACGAGAGCAUCAUGUCAACAUUGCCUUUUGUCAUCAUGAUAUUGGUGUUGCUUACGAGAAGAAAGAUAUGUUUGAUGUAGCACUAGAACAUUACGAAAAAGCUAUUGAAAUAUAUGAAAAACAUUUAUUUGAUAAAGAAGAAUAUCCAUUUAAUGUCACGAAGGCGUACGGUCAAUGUUGUUCUAAUAUCGCUAAAAUUUAUUGUCAUCAAACAAAAUAUGAUAAUGCAUUUACUUAUAGAAUGAAAGCAUUAAGUAUUGACGAAAAAUACUGUGAUUUAACUGAAAAAGAACAGGAAGCACAAUGUUACUUUGAUAUUGGUAAAGAGUUAUAUGGUACAGAUCCUAAUAAAGGACUUGAAUUUACUAUAAAGUCACUACAUAUUCGACAAGAAAUUUUACCAAGAGAUCGCAUCACCAUUGGUUUUUCUCAUCAUAAAAUUGGUGAAAUUUACGAAAAAAAAGUUAUGUUUGACAUAGCAUUGGAACAUUACAAAAAAGCAAGUGAGAUUUAUGAAAAACAUUUAUUUGAUAAAGAAGAAUAUCAAUUUAACGUCAAAAAAUGUAACGAUAUAUGUCAUACUAAUGUUUAUAUAAUUUAUUGUCGUCAAAGAAAAUAUGAUGAUGCAUUCAUUUAUAGAAUGAAAUCAUUAUGUUUUGACGACAAGAAAUGUCAUUUAACCGAAAAAGAAAAGGAAGCACAAUGUUACUUUGAAAUUGGUGAUGAAUUAUGUUUAACAGAUCCUGAUAAAGCACUUGAAUUUACUCUUAAAUCAUUAGAUAUUCGAAAACAAAUUUUACCAGAGCAUCAUGUCAACAUUGCCUUUUGUCAUCAUAAUAUUGGUGCAAGUUACGAAAAAAAAUCUAUAUUUGACAUGGCAGCAGAACAUUACAAAAAAGCAAUUGAAAUAUAUAAAAAACAUUUAUUAGAUAAAGAAGAAUAUCAAUUUAAUGUUCUACAGCUUUACGGACAAUGUCAUAAUGGUUUAGCUAUAUGCUACACUUGUAUCGAAAAAGGUAAAUAUGUUAAUGCAAUUGAUUAUACGUUAAAAGCAUUACAAAUUUUUCAACAAUAUUCUCCAGAAAAUAAAAUCGAUGUUGCCCGAUGUUAUUGGAAUUAUGGUUAUAUCUCAUGGAUAAAAGGACAAUAUGAUGAAGCUAUUGAUCAAUUAUAUAAAUCAUUAGAUAUACUUUUAUAUCAAAAAACAAUUCAUGUAGGACGUUCCUAUCAACUUUUAGGUGUUUGCUACUAUGAAAAAUUCGCAUAUCAACAAGCAUUAUCAUUCUUUGAAAAGGCCUUGAAAAACUAUGAACAAUUUUUACGAAAUGAAAACGAUGAAGAUGUCGGACUACUAUUAUAUUAUACAUCCUUAUGCUUAUUCAAAUUGAAUAACUACAAUCAGGCUCUAGAAUAUGCAAUCAAAUCAAAUCAAGUUCGAAAUGAAAUAUUUCCAUCGAUACAUGUGCAAAGAGCAGCAUCACAUAGUAUAUUAGCAGUAAUUUAUGUAAAAUUACAACAAAAAGAAAAAUCUAAUCAACAUCGUAUUGAAGCUUUAGAAAUAUCGAAACAGUUGAUUUCAAACAAUGACAAAGUCACAAAUAUCGGCUGUAUAUUUGAAAAUAUUGGUGAACUGUAUCACAAUCGCAAUAAUCUACGACAAGCUCGAAAAUAUUAUAAAAAGGCAAUACAAUAUAUAAAGCAAGACAAAAUAGAUGAUCAUCCAUAUAUUGAACGUAUUCAAAAAAUUAUUGACAGUUUAUCAAUUAAUUAG